AUGCCUUAUGUCUGGUACCCCGAAGCCCUGGAGAGACUCGGCGCCGAAUCUUGGGAUGAAGUAAGGGCACUAGGUGAAAAGGGGCUUGCUAAGAAAGAAGCACGAGAGCAGAAAAAGAGGCAGGCAAAGGCUGCAAAAGCGCCUCUGGGAUGUAGGACGUCGGAAAGUGAGACUCCUAGCACUUCUGGUUGGAAAGCCAUAAACAUUCGUGAGAAGAAAUUGGCCCCAGGACAAACCACACUAUCAAAUGAGAAUGUCAAGAAGCGAAAGCAUAAAGACAAGGGCCAGAGUGCGGAUGCCAAGCGUCCACGGGUGGAUGGCCAGCACAAUGGUGUCUGA